GGAAAUAGUAAGAAAUAAAAUUAAAAUAUUCUGCCCUCUUUCUCUGCGAAGCGUUCAUCAAUUCAUCAGACCAAUAAAUCCCUAGAUCUCGUUUUGAUGCCUUCAUCUUCACCGGACAUAUAAAUCCCUCGAUUUUUUUUUUUGGUGUGCUCGUACUGCUGGGCAACUCUCCGUAUUCAGCGAUUCUCUUCUCCUUUUCGCAGGUUUUCUUUUUUUUGUUCUACUCUUUCAUGGCGGCGGAUCUUGAUGAUUGGUCUGUAUUGGAAGAGACUUCAUCCUCAUUUCAGCCGCCUCCUCGGUCUCUCCCAGUUCAGCCCGAGUUCUGGAACAGAGUUGAGGAAGCUACCCGUGAAAUUAUAGAGCAUGUUCAUCCAACACUUGUGUCAGAGGAUCGAAGAAGAGAUGUAAUUGAUUAUAUGCAAAGACUAAUCAGAAUGACUCUUGGUUGCGAGGUACAUUCUUUUGGAUCAGUCCCAUUGAAAACGUAUCUUCCUGAUGGAGAUAUUGAUCUCACAGCUUUUGGUGGACCGUGUCACGAGGAAGAUUUGGCCCACCAAGUUUUCACUGUACUUGAGAGGGAGGAACAUAAUGUGGGUGCUCAGUUUAUGAUUAAGGAUGUCCAGUUAAUACGUGCUGAGGUUAAGCUUGUUAAAUGUCUGGUGCAGAACAUUGUGGUAGAUAUCUCUUUCAAUCAGCUCGGUGGGAUUUGUACUUUGUGCUUUCUCGAGAAGAUCGAUCACCUCAUUGCAAAGGACCAUCUCUUCAAGAAAAGUAUCAUACUCAUCAAAGCUUGGUGCUACUAUGAGAGCCGUAUUCUCGGUGCUCUACAUGGAUUGAUCUCAACAUAUGCUCUGGAGACGUUGGUCUUAUAUAUUUUCCAUCUCUUCCACUCAUCGUUGGAUGGCCCACUAGCUGUUUUAUACAAAUUUUUGGACUACUUCAGCAAGUUUGACUGGGAUAACUAUUGCAUUAGCCUGAGUGGUCCAGUCAUCCUUUCCUCACUGUCACUACCAGAAAUCGUUGUUGAGACUCCAGAAAAUGGCGGGAAAGAUCUACUGCUGACAAGUGAGUUCCUCAAGGAAUGUUUGGAGUUGUACUCUGUACCUUCAAGAGGAUUUGAGACAAACCCACGUGUGUUUCCAGUGAGGCAUCUCAAUAUAAUUGAUCCACUUAAGGAAAAUAACAAUCUUGGCCGCAGCGUUAGCAAAGGUAACUUCUAUCGCAUAAGAAGUGCAUUCACAUAUGGUGCUCGAAAGCUUGGGCAAAUCUUUUUGCAGUCAGAAGAAGACAUAAGUUUUGAGCUUCGUAAGUUCUUCUCAAACAUGCUACACCGACAUGGAAGUGGCCAGAGGCCUGAUGUUGUUCCCUACGUAAGGUUCCAUAGGUCGCAUGCUUCUGCUGCCAACCAUUUCCAAGAUGGUCAAAUGGCUUAUGAAUCGGAAUCUUCUAGUUCAUCUGGUGCUGCUGCUGCUGCUGGGAAUGGUAGACAUGACCAGGAAGACUUGUUGUGUGCAGGAGGACCCAAUGUAUUGAGUACAUCUAGGCUUGAUGUAAGCGGAUUACAUGUUGAAACAACCCCUUCUGGAGAUGCAAAAGAAGAGUUGGCUAGUGUGAGCUUUCAAAAGCUUGAAAUUUCCGAAGAUGCUAUGGAAAGUGUCUCUCCUUUGAAUGGUAAACAUCAUCACAUCAGUAAUGGUGAAGUAUUAAAUGGAAAAGGGGUGGAGAAUUUUUCCAAAAGGGUGCAUAGUAAUGAGAACGUGAACGACCAUGUUGGUCAUGAAGGUUCAGUGCAUAACACCUCACUCAUGGAUCCAGUAGCUGUGAUACAAGAGGAUAUGCAUCUUCAAUAUUCUGGUCAUUCUGUUUCGGACACCCCAAGUUUGUUGUCUGACCUCACAGGAGAUUAUGAGAGCCAGCUUAACAGUUUACGGUAUGGGCGUUGGUGGUUUGAAUAUGUCCAAAACGGUCCUUUGUCUCCACUAUCUCCUCAUGGACUUCCGAACAACAAUUCAUGGGAAGUAGUUCGACACGCAUUGCCAUUCGGACGGAAUGCCCCCGGAGGACCAGUAAACGUUAACGGAGUUGUUCCGAGACAAGUUUUCUUUCAUAUGAACCCUCAGAUGAUUCCAAAUGCUAAUUUUGGUAUCGAGGAAUUGCCCAAGCCACGAGGAACUGGGACGUACUUUCCCAAUGCGAACUUUUACAGAGAUAGACCGUUCCCUCCAAGAAGAAACUCAAACCAAACUAGGUCGCCACGUAACAAUGGCCGUAGCAUGGCACAUUUUCACUCUGACCAUCGUCGUCAACAGCUUCAUCAUCAACAUCAUUCCAACCAAGCAAAUGGUUCUAGUGAUAUGAGUCAAGUUGAUUCGUUUGAAAGCUUCUCUGAUACCAAUGGGUCUGUAAAUCAUCAACAUGAGAUGGCUCCAGAUUUUAGAUCUACGGAGGCUGAGCUACGCUCCCCUCCCGAGGGCAGUAGUCAGAGUGACCUGAGCGUUGAAGGUUAUUAUAAUCAGUCACAUCGCCCAACAUCUAUACCCUCCUCCACGGAGGAAGAUCGGGGAACACCUUUGCAGUCAUACUAUUUGGCGGAUGAUCACGAGUUCCCUCCCUUGUAGCUCUGAUCUGAUCUCGCAAAAACACAUGCUCUUUAGAUCGUUAUAGGAACAAGUAUAGCUUUUCUAACUUGUUUUAUCUCCUACGCUCUCUCCCACAGAAGAAAAAUAUAUAUGGAACUUGUUUGUUUUGGGCUGUGUUUUUUUCUUUCCUUCUUGUAUGUUAUUUUUGCUGUAGAAUUUAUCUAUAUGUAACUUUAUCAUCGAAGUCUCAAACUCCGUGGACAAAACCUUUGAAGAGCUUUGUAUUUUAUACUUAGACAGGUUUGUGAGUGUAUUAUAGGAUCUGUUUUUCCAA